CCCGGCACUGCAGACUGUCAUCAUAGGGCUCGACGGGCUAUAUACCUUGGGUAUCAUGGAUGCCGGCCGUGCAUGCUCUGUCGCGUGCUGCGAGAGCUUUGAUGCCUCGCCGGCUUUACCGACGGAUAUAAGUCGACGAUCCGCGUUAAAUGCAUGGCUUCCCCACGACCAAGGCCCUGCCAAGACUCGUCACCAGCGCCAAGACUUCCAUCUGCCGUCAACCUUGUUGCUGCUUAUUGCACUUACACACAGUACAUGCGCCUGCGUUUGUUCCUAGAUCUGAGAGAUGGCCGAGCCAUUGAAGCGCACCUUUCACGGUUGUCUGACAUGUCGCAAGCGGAAAGUGCGCUGCCAGGGCGGCAACCCGUGUCCGAAUUGCUCGCGCAUGAAUAUCAACUGCCACAGCUCGUUUGACACAAACCUUCGAAUUCGCGUCUCAACGCCCACCGGCCAGAAGGUCGUUUCUUCAAAACAACCCCAACCGAAACGAGUUCGGGAGCAGGCACCCGCUGCCCAGUCGCAGCACGCGGCUGCGCCCUCAUCACUUAUGACCGCCUUCGACAGCCACUCAGAGAGCUUCAAUGUCAACUUCCAGCAACAGCAGCAGUACCCUGCUUUCUCAAUGGCCGCGCAAGCACCGGCCUUCACCUCUGAGGCGCCGAAUCUCGAGCAGCUCAGCCCGGCAACCUGCGGUCCGGGAAUCCAGGAUCUCGACGCUCUCCAAUUCAACGUAAUGUGGGGAGGCUUUGACUUCCCACUCGACGCCAACAUGGCGGGGCAUGACUUCAAUGGCCGCAUGGACAUGACCGCAGCUCUCGUGCAUAUUCACCCUACGUCAUUUGACUCUCUCGCGCCAGGCACGCCCAUCUCGCAGCAGAGCAAUCCGAUUUCCGACAGCGAGGGAUCUGUCUCGUCCAAGAGCCAAAACCGAGACGGGACCAAGGAAUGGGUCCCGAGGCGGCGCAAGCGUGCAAAGAAGACGGCUCCCGCAGACGAAGCUUCCCGAGGGAGCGCUGCUCAGAAAAUCCUGCGUGCAACUGAACUUUUCAGUCCCGCAAGCCACAUGUUGGAAGAUUUCACUACUGAGCAUGACAGCAAAUGGUCAUUCGCCCGGUUUGUGCUCGAUUACGGACAAAAGCACCCUUGCGUCUGCCCGAUGCGAAUCGCCGCGCUGGCUUGGGCUGCCAGAGCAACUCUUCCUGAGGGGUCGCCAAUCGACCCCAGUGUUCUCACUUGCUACUCUCAAUCUUCCGAGCAGUUUGAGAAGCUGCAGGCCAUCCCUAACCCCACGCUGGUAUUGAACAACCUGCCGCCCGUGAUGAAUGCGGCCGAGAUAAUCAUCUGCACUGCUCUCUUCCUCAACCGCUACGACAUAGCGGACCAGAACCUUGAGGCAGUUGAUAACAGACUCCAGCGUCUCACAAGAUGGCUCGCCAGUCAUCCGGGGAAUCUCAAGUUAUCGGCAUUUGCGAGCAAACUCCUGCUGUGGUCCUGCUAUCUCCAGAUCCGAAUUAGCAUGUUUAACCCCAUCAGCCCGCGAUUCGCCACACUCCUUAACGUAGUGAGUGACAGGACUGACUACCACUUCAUCCUGGAGAAAUCACACAGCUUCCGGAUGGACAUGUUUGGUCGCGACUACCCCAAAGAGCUGCUGGCUGAGGACGCCCAGAUGAUACCCGCAACGUUGCGCCUGCACGAGACGUUUUGUCUUCUCUCGGACAUGGUGCGUUUCCGCUCGUUUCAGCGAAGCGGGGCGACGGCACAGGAUCUCGCCCGUUGGAGCGAGCUUGCUGCGUCCGAGCACAGUGCCAUCGAUAACGGCAUCCAGAGGGCUGAAGCUGAAUUCGAGCUCGCCGCGGCUAUGAACCCGACUGCCAACAUUCUCCGCCAAGUGCCGAUACCAAGACUCUAUGUCUCAGACCAGUCUACUGAGCAAGAUAACAGAUCGCCGUCAAAUUCGGGUGAUAACGGUAACAUGACGGCAUCUCAGUCUGGGGGGAAGCUCAGCCGCGUCAGCCUGCAUUGGCUCAUGGUAUACGGCGUGCUAUUGACGGCCAAGAUUGUGUGGUCGAGGACAUUCCGAUCCGAGGUGCGCACUGACGACGCGUCCACUGAAGCCGUCGAGUCAAUUCUGCAGAUCGGCCUGCUGCUGCGUAAGGCCCACGGCCACCAGCGGAAUGGCUAUCGAGAAUUGGCGACAACGUUGUGGCCGCUGCCGCUCUUUGUGGCGGGGAUAGAGACGGCGGACGACGUGCGAGCUGACUGGCUGCGCAUAUUUAUGUCACACGUCAUCAACGGCGAGAAUGAAGCCGAGAGGGAAAGGAACACGAAGAGCGGAUCCCGGCAGAGGAGAGCUAGAAAUGGGGGAAAGGUGCUGGAGCUAAUGGAACACAUAAGGAAAAUGCAGGAUGCUGUGGGGAAACGGGUCUCGGUGCCGCUGGUCACGGCCGAGAAUGCCGUGCCACAGGCUAUUUUCGAAUUUCUCUGCUAGCGAUGCAAGCUAGGAAAGGGAAGGGAACGAAGUAACGAAACGCGCUCUUCAAUAUGACGCGAGAAUGGUGGGUGCUGCGUUGCGGAGCAUAAUUAGU